UCGUUAGCGGUUCCGGUUUCCGUCUCGUUCGUGUGACACCGAGGAAUAUGUAACGUCGAUCUUCGAGAUUGUGAAAAUCGCUGUUGUUUAUCUGGUUUAAUUAAUGAUCGACUGUAUCUCGGUAGGAAGUAUCGGUAGGAUCGUCAACAGUCAAGUGCAAAACAAAUGGAAAAAGACAAAUUAAAAAGGACUUACAAUCGCAGUUAAACGCUCUCGAUAAUCCUUCAGAUUAUUGAAGAAAGGUAAAAGAAACAUUGUGCGAUCAGAGGCAGAAAUAAACCAACCGUAGUGAGUUAAGGUGUGGGUUGGUAGCCAGGGGGUUGUGAUAUGUUUCCUUCGUCAGCGGCGAUGCUGAAGAAUCUGCAACAAAGUGCAAUGACCUCGCCCUUUUUAAUGGAGAAUCUGCUCCAGAGCAAGGCGUCGCCGGGUGCCGAUCUAACCAGUCUGACCUUGAACUGGGCAGCGAGUCUCGUGGCUAGACAGCGGGAAAGAGAGUGCGAGGCGAACCUGAGGAUCACUCGUGAGAAGGUGUCGCCGUCGAGCGCGAACCAGGACCAGCUGGAUCAGCGAUCCAGCUCUGGUACACGUGGUUCGGAUCGUGGUAACCUGAUGAUCGACUGCAGGGACCAUCAGAGGGGUUCCGGCAGGAUCGAUCGUCAAAACGAUCGGAUACAAAUCCUUCGGCACAAGGAGGAGAUGGAGAGGAAUCAGAUCGCUUACGUGGACGUGGACAACGAGAGGAUCGACGGCCACGUAAUCGUUGAUCGGUUGUGCGCGAUGGAGAGGCUGUGUAACGAGAGGAUCGAGAACCGAUCGAACUCCGCUGUCGAUUCGUGCAAUUCGAACGCCGACGAGGAUCCGACCAGCUUGGAGAUGGACGGCGGACUUCAUGGGGAUAGGGAAAAGGAGGAUGGUAUGCUGGGCGGUGAACGGGUGACCACGUUACAGGACAGACGGUACGACCUUGGAUGCAGAAACGUCAUCCACACGUCCGACGAGAUGACGAUUCAAGGGGAGAGAGAGGUGGCGGUUGAGCGUGUCGUCGACAGGAUAGGUGAGAGAACGUCCGCCUGUUCCUGCGGGGAUGAGCAGUGCUUAGGACCCGCAUGCAGGACCAUCCAGGAGAAGGAGAAGCCGCAGCUCAAGUUCAGCGUCAACGCUAUACUAGGCGGCAAUCAUGACAGGCGACCACAUUCCGAUAAUUUUCAAACCCUUCCGCCGGAAGCGAUACCAGCAUUCCUCCAAAACCUGCAGAAUUCAGCGAAUUAUAAUAUCGCGAAACCGAUUGCAAGACCUGCCGCUUAUCAUCCUUAUCAUAGGCCGAGUCAUCAACCCCCUCAACGUCAUUUACCUCCGAAUGCCCAUCACACGUUACAGCAAUUAUUCUACAGAGGUCCCUAUUUAACAGUUGCCAGUUCCGGAACUGGAGGUCAUCAUCCCGGUGCCCCAGGUGGAGGUACAGCAUUUCCAGGUGCGAUUCAAGGAAGUUUAGGCGAUUUCGCGAGCACAGGACUCGUGUUUCCAUGGGCGACAAACGCGCGUGGAAAACCUCGCAGAGGGAUGAUGAGAAGGGCAGUUUUCUCGGACCUUCAACGACGUGGCCUUGAGAAAAGGUUUCAGAUACAAAAGUAUAUCAGCAAGCCGGACCGCAAGAAGCUGGCUGAGAAACUCGGCCUCAAGGAUUCUCAGGUGAAAAUCUGGUUCCAAAAUCGACGAAUGAAAUGGCGAAACAGCAAGGAGAGAGAAUUGCUUGCAACAGGGGGUUCACGGGAGCAAACGUUACCAAACAAGAAUAAUCCAAAUCCUGACUUAAGCGACGCCGAUGGAGACAGGCCGAGAAUGGAUUUGAGCGAUGUGAGUCCAUUGACGAGUCCUCAGCGUCCGGAAGAGCAAACGGAGAACGAGGAGGAUGAGGAAAUCAACGUCACGUGAUGAAAUACUAGUCGAGAUCCUCCUGACAAGGACACGUUUACUCGAUGGACUCACCAUUCAGGAUUCACAGAGGACACUUAGCGAACAAAGAAUCAAGUGAACUGAUCUGUGUUCCUGAUCAAAAUUCUGUAAAGAGAUCUGAUAUUAAUCUGUUCAAUGGAAUUGUAGUCAUUCGUCAUGGAUAAGGGAUACACUAGUCAAGAUUAGAGAUGAACAAAUUUUUGGUGAUUCAUUGCACAGUGUUGAGCAAAGUAAGUUUCCCUAAGAAAAAUGGAGAUGCCCUCCUUCCCUAUAGGGGUUCCCGGGUUUUGAGGUUCUUGGUUCUGCCCUAGGCCUCUCGUUCUCCGGGUUCCCGGUCCUUCUCGAAGGCUUCCUUUUCCUCGACACUAUACAAUGGACCAUGGAGUGGUCCAAAGUGUAUCCUGAAAUCUGAAGCUUCCAUAAUUUCUGAUUUUUCGACCGUGACAUGAUCUUUGUAUUUAGCGAAUGUAUUGAUAGUUUCCUUUUUAUUAUUUUUUUUUUUUUUUUGAACAAUGAAACUCACCUUCAUGUAAAUGUACUUUCACUAUUCGCAGCUUGACGCACUGUCUGCUGGUUUAUGCCGGACGAUAAAGAAUAAAUCAUUAAAAAUAUGAAACGCGAUAAAGAUCAUAGUAAAAUUGGAAAAAUAAUCAAAAUAAUCAGGU